AUGCCGGAGAAGCCGCUCACUGUCGCUACAUAUGCGGCCGGCGCAUCUCUGGCGGCCAUAACGCUGGUCUACGUCUUCGCCCCGACAUACUUCAUAGACAGCGAAUCCAACUCGGCGCGGAAGAAGGGCGUGGUUGGCCUACAAAACCCAGCCAACGACUGCUUCAUCAACUCGGUGUUGCAAGCACUUGCAGGCUUGACCGACCUGCGCGUCUACCUGAUCCGCGAAACACACCGAAGGCACAUUGACGAGCCCUGGGUCUACGAAGAAGCGGUAUCGGAUCCGAAUCGCAAGGACGCGCCCAAGUGGAAGCUCGAAGGACUGCAGACAGCCAUCGUUACCCAAGGCCUUAAGAGCAUCCUCGACGCCCUCAACGAGCGACCCAUUUAUAAGAAAACGAUAUCGGCCACCGGCUUCGUCAAGGUACUGGAGAUUGCCUUCAAGCAACGCAUCAGCCGCCAGCAGCAAGAUGCUCAAGAGUUUCUACAAGUCGUAGCCGAAAGGCUUUGCGACGAAUAUCAUGCCGGGAAGAGAGCAAGGCAGCACGCGCGGAGGAAAGGCGUGUCCACCAAACCGACCGACGGACCUGCGCCCAUAGACACCACCGCUGUAGACGAACGAUUAGCCAAUCUCGAUGUGAACAAGGACGUUGAUACGAGUGAAGAGUCGGACGAGACGGAAUCGCAAUUACCAAAACUCCACACACAGGCCGAGGGAGAAUUAGACAUCGACGACGAAGAUGGCUUUCCUAUGGAGGGCAAAUACGAAAGUCAGGUCGAGUGCCAGACCUGCCAUUUCAAGCCUAGGCCGACCGAGAGCACCUUCUGCACAUUGACAUUGAAUGUCCCACAACAAGGAAGCUCUACUUCGUUGAAUGCUUGUCUGGAUGGUCUGUUCAAAACCGAGUACAUCGACGAUUUCAAAUGUGAAAAAUGUCGUCUGAUUCAUGCGAAGGAAGCCCUCGAAGCCGACCUGGCUAAAAGCACGUCGGAAGACUUCAAAACUGUGACCAGGAACAGCAUCCAAGAGCUGCAGCAUGCAAUCGACACAGACCCCGAGCGGACGCCCGAAGAUGUAGUGCUGCCAGACUCGCGGUAUGCCCCCAAACGUAAGAUCGCACGGCAUACGCGCUUAACCAGCUUCCCGAAAGUAUUGGCCAUUCAUCUAUCGCGUUCUAUCUACGACUCUAGUAUGUCAACCAAGAACUCAGCAAAGGUGGCUUUCCCCGAGCAAUUACCCAUGGGUGGUCUUCGCAACCAAAAGAAAUACAAGCUGCUCGCAACGGUGACACAUAAGGGCAACCACCACAGUGGCCACUACGAGUCAUUCCGGCGGCAGAACGUAGCUUUGCCGUUCUCGACACCCAACGCUUUCCAGCAAUCGACUGCAUUCUCCAAGUCGGCACAACCGACCCCUGCUGCGUCACAGGCUGUUACCCCUCAGAUCCGUGCUAUCCACAGACCUGAAGUGGAAAGUCCAUCGGUCUCGACGCCAGAUCUUUUGUCUCCCACAUCAGUUUCUGGCUCGCCGAAUCCUUCUAUUGUAGACCUGCCUCAACCAUCCGCAGACAGUAUACCGAGAUCAGUGCCGAGCAUUAAUGGCCGCUCACCAUCUCGCACCCUAAAGAAGCGCGACUCGGACAUGAGCUUGAAGUCGGUAGCUGCGUCGGCAAAGUCUACAUUGUCCAGGAUAUCUCAGUCGGCAAGAGGCAGUCGUUCGGGCAGCCCUGCUGGCAAGCGCUCUACCAAUGGCACGGUGCACAACUCGAACGGCACGCCAGUUGUCCCGAUGGCCUCCGCGGCCAGUGCCAGUAAAACCAAGCGGAGGAAGCAGGUCGAGAAGUGGUGGCGUAUCAGUGACGAGAAGGCCAAAGAAGCCAAGACGAGUGAGGUCCUAGGAAUGCAGCGGGAGGUUUAUCUUCUGUUUUACGAGCUGGACGAACGUUCUGAGCCAGAACCGACCGACUCUUAG